GGCCGCGGGCCGCCGCCGCUCGGCUCCCGAGGCCCCGGGCUUGUGGCCGCCGGCCUCCCCCGCCCCCUCGGUGACCGUCUUCCCCGGGCCGGGGCUCCCCGAGGGGCGGGCAGAAGCCUCCCCUCUCCCCCGCCGUUACCGCCCGGAGCGAGACAAGCUCCUCUCCCACGUCCCGAACCAGAGGUCCGGCCCCGCGCUGCGCUCGGAGGGAGACCACCCCCCGACCCGGACAAUGGCCGCAGAACCUGGAAUGACUGUAGCCCUGAGCCCCAACGUCCUGACUCCUCGGAAACAAGAGGAAGCCCCAACCAGGCGGCGGGAGGAAGACCCCCCCCGGGGACCCGAAUCCACCCCGCCAGCGGAGGACCCCAGUCCCGAGACCUGCCGCCAGCGCUUCAGGCAGUUCUGCUACCAGGGAGCGGCCGGGCCCCACGAGGCCCUCGGCCGGCUGCGCGAACUGUGCCGGCAGUGGCUGAAGCCGGAGGUGCGCACCAAGGAGCAGAUCUUGGAGCUGCUGGUGCUGGAGCAGUUCCUGACCGUCCUGCCUGGGGACAUCCAGGCACAAGUGUGGAAGCGUUGCCCAGAGAGCGGGGAAGAGGCCGUGGCUCUGGUGGAGGAUUUGCAGCGAGAAUCUGGGCCUGCCGGAUCAGCGGUCACCGGGCACACGGACAAUCAGGAAGAGAUUUCGGAGGAGACGGCCCUCUCGGGAGCCACGUGCGAGUCACCGAGCUUCCAGCUGGAGCCGGGCGAGAUCAAGUCUGAUGGGGAGAUCGAGGAGGAGGAGGAAGAGGAGGAAGAAGAACGGGGACACCUGAGAUUCAGCAUUGAGGAGCGACUCCUCCAGAGGGCUUGGCCUUCUUCCGAGCUUCCCGUCUUUCUUCGGAAGGGGAGAGCCUGGAACACAGAGAAGCCCACGUCCCUCUCCCGGGAAGACCGUGGCCACCCGGACCCUGGACAGAGCUUCCGAAGCAAGGACGGCACGCAAGAGAACAGGAAAGGGCUGACUCCGGUGACGCUGGACCCCAGAACUGCCCAUCCCUGCCUCAUCCUCUCCGAGGACCUAAAGCGCACCAGCGUGGGUGACGCCCACCAGAAACUGCCCGACAACCCCGAGCGGUUCACCUCCUGGUUCUGCGUCCUGGGCCGGGAGGGCUUCGCCACCGGGAGACACUACUGGGAAGUGGAAGUCGGGGAGCAGGGCGGGUGUGCCGUCGGGGUCGCCCGGGAGUCCGUGAAGAGGAAGGGGGGUGUCCGCUUCGACCCCGGGGAAGGGGUCUGGGCCGUGGAGUUCUGCCAGGGUCAGGCCUGGGCCCUCACCUCCCCCAUGACGCCCCUGGACCUCCCCAGGGGCCCCCGGUGGGUGGGGGUGGCCUUGGACUACGAGAGAGGGCAGGUGUCUUUCUCCGAUGCCGAGACCCAAGUCCCUCUCUUCACCUUCAACGCCGUAUUUACCGAGAGAGUCCGCCCGCUCUUCUGGCUCUGCGGUCGGGGGUCCCGUCUGGCCCUGAGACCCUGAGAGACCAGGACGGGUCCCCCGCAGAGUCAGCUCGGGCCACCGGCCCAGCCUCUCCUGAAGGGCCUGGAUCGUCCUCUCCCCCACUCUGCAAACUCUCCUGGCCUCGAGGCUGGUUACUUCUCCCGCUCCCAGGCGGAGGGGUGAGGUCUCUCAGAAGCAGGGUGCGGUGGGUGAGGAGGGCCCGAGGGAGGACAGCUGAGAGGAUGGUUUGGAGAGCGGAGCCAUCUCGCCCUGCUUCUCUUCCCUCUCCCCCCUUCUCUCCUCCCUCCUCUCCCCGGUCUCUACCCCUCACCCACCACGACUGUACCUCUCGGGAGCCGGCAAGCCGAAUCUCCGGCAUCUGCUCCCCGGAUUCGGCUUCGGCGGCCCAACUCCAGUAACUGUUCACUGUGACCUGGCAAGGCCGAUCCCCUCCCUGCUGCGCACCUGAGUUUCUCCCCCUGGGAAAUGGAGAGCGACCUCCCGCUGACCCACCAGGCAGGGCCGAGCUAGGGGCCGGCUAAUAAACAUGAGUGAAAUUCCCAGGUAGGUUGUGACUUCCUCUUCUCUUCAGGUCCCGCCCCCCACCCCCUCACGAUCUGCCCUCUCUCUCUGGAGGCAGACUGCAUAAGGCAAGAUGCAAAGUUAAAAGUAGAAAAUGACCCCAAGACCUUGGGCUGAGGGCAAUGUGUCCCUUACACCAGGCGGGGAUGAUGGAAUAGGGCUCGCUGCCCACAGCGUGACUUUCCCAGCCAUUUGGGGGCACCACGUGGACCUACGGGCUAGGGGACGUGUAGAUUCUGUCGGUUCUUUCCUCACAUCUCCAGAAUCCUCCCCCUCCUCUCCGGCCAAACGGCCACCACGCUGGCCCAAGCUCUUGCCCUGUCCUGACUCGACUACUGCAUCGGCCUCCUCGCCGACCUCGCCGCUUCUGUUCUCUCCCCUCUCCAGUCCAUAUUUCAGCCUGUCUGGAACAUUUAUUUAAAACAUCAUUUACCACCCAUCUCUCCCCUUUUCAAAAGCCUCCAAGAGUUUCCCAUUCCUCUUAUCAGACACUCCUGACCAUCACUUUUUGAUCCUCAAUCAGGUCUCUUCCCUCUUACUUAUCUUUGCUCCUCUCCCGCCACAUCCCUGCUAGCACGUUUCACUCCUCUCAAGCCAACCUACUCACUGUGCCUCACUCUUGGCUCUUUCACCGUCAGUCUCUUAUUCAUGCCCUCCCUCCUGACUGGAGUUCCCUUCCCCUUCAUAUUGGACAGACCCCAUCUUCAAAGCCCUAUUAAAAUUGUUCCUUCUACUGGAGGAGGCCUUUCCUGACUCCCCACCCUUUUUCCCCUCCCCGUUUCCACUUCCUAUGGCCUUGAGUCCUCCCCCUACGCACUUAGGUGUUGGCCCCAUCCCUCACCCUGACCCACAGUGGCAUUUAUGUAUCAUACCUUAAAACUGUUGUUUCCACCUGCCCAUAAUUUAUUUUACCAUGUCUCCCCUGCUAGCGUUAUAAGCUCCCCGAGGGCAGGGAUAGUACUCUCAGGUGCUUAGUAGAGCGUGUGUGCUCAUUGAGUGCUCUCCCAGUUUCCAAGGCCUUUCUGAAAUCACACCUCCAGGAAGCUUUCCCUGAUCUCUCAAAUCCCCACCUUUUCAACACUUCCAUAACACCUAAGCACUUGAGUAUUCACUCGCCCGACACCACAGUAUUUAGAUCCCUAUCUUUAAACUCUGCUUCCCCAUACCCCUUAUUUAUUUUAGUGUCUGCCUUUCCUGCUAGACUGUAAGCUCGCUGAGGGCAGGGAUCAUGUCUACUUACUCUCUUGUACCUUCCCAAGCGCCUAGUUCAGUGCUCUACACAGAUUAAGUGCUUGAUAAAUAUCACCGAGUGAUGGUUACUUGAUUGGAUGAGAAACAACCCUUUGAAGAAGUGUCACCUUCACGAGAGGACAUCUGGAGCUUCUGAGCGUUCAAGGGCUUCGACCGGCUCUUCCCAGAGCCAUCUUCCUGCCCCAGCCCGGCUCUCAGCUGCCUCCCUCUUCUCUCACUCGGGAGUAACUGCCAUAACCCGGGAUCUCCUCUCCACUGGGAAUUCAGUCGUAUCUAUUGAGGGCUUAGAGUGUGCAGAGCACUGCACUAAGCGCUUGGAAAGUACAAUUCAGCCAUAAAGACAGACAAUUCCCGCCAAAUUCAACUUCCCUCCUUCCCCUCCCCAAACCCACGUCUAGUGAAUCCCACACCGUUUCUGGAGCCUGCUGAGCAUCGAGGAUGUGGGGAGCCACAUCCCCCCAGGACUCUCCCAAAUGCUCAGUACAGUGCUUUGCCCACAGAAAGCACUCAAUAAAUACAAUUGAAUGAAUGAA